CUUUCACUCUUCCUUUCAAUAUUCUCUUUGAACCCUUUGUUUUUUCUCUCUCUCAAAAUCUUCAGAAAUGGCUUUAGCGAUGAAAGAAUUAUCGUCUCUUUUUCUUCUUUUCAUCGUAUUAUCGAUGUUCUUCGUCACCCCAUCAAUGUCCGCCGCUGAUACCUUCGUUUUCGGCGGUUGUUCGCAGCUGAAAUUCACGUCAGGCUCACCGUACGAGUACACCGUCGACUCGAUAUUCACCUCCCUAGUCAACUCAGCCAUGUUCUCCGCUUACAAUAACUUCACCAUGCCCGUAGCAGCCAGCGGCGGCUCCACUUCUCAGGACACCGUCUACGGUCUGUUCCAGUGCCGCGGCGACCUAAACAAAGGUGCCUGCAACAGCUGUGUCGCUAAAGCGGUGAGUCAGAUCGGCACUCUCUGCUUUGACUCGACGGGUGGCGUGCUGCAACUCGAGGGGUGUUUGGUUAAAUACGAUAACGCGACUUUCCUGGGCGAGGAGGACAAGACUGUGGUGGUGACAAAAUGUGGGCCAUCGCUCUCGCCUAACACGGACGGGUUGACUCGACGCGACGCGGUGCUGAGCUACUUGGAAGCGAGUGACGGGAUGUUUCGGGUUGGCGGGUCUGGUAAUUUACAGGGCGUGGCUCAGUGUGUAGGGGAUUUGGAUCCGAGCGAGUGCCAAGAUUGCUUAUCAAACGCAGUCGGACGGCUCAAAACAGACUGUGGGGCGGCCAAAUGGGGUGACAUGUAUUUGGCUAAGUGCUACGCGCGGUACUCGGAAGGUGGAGACCACUCGGACGCCGGUAAGGGUAAACGAUUUCGCCACCUCUUCCACGGUGGUUCUUCAUAUUUAUUUUUAAUAUAUAAUAUAUAUUUGGUUUGGUUUGAAUUUGCUUGAAAUAUUACCAGUAAAAAGACAAA